AUGUCCCAUCUCCCCUUUGAUCUCCGCCAAAUCUAUACUGCCCAUACACAAGCCACUACCCGCGGUUAUCCUUCUACCACCCCGACUACCACCUAUUCUCUAGAAGAUAUUGCUUGUAUUACUUAUGCACGACUGCAACCUUAUCUCUCUCCUACACCUCUACCCCGCAGCUACAUCACUAUUCUCGGCCCUUUCUCAAACAUUCAGCUCUCUACUAUUGAGCCAUCUCUUCGUUCUUUCAUAUCUUCCCUUGCACUUACCUCACCUAUCUCCCCAACCAUUACCCAACAUUCACACCAGCUUUCUCACUAUCUUAUUGUACAAAGUCCCGGUUCUCUCCAUUCUCUCCUAGCCCAGCUCUCAUACACUAUCUACCCUCACCCCAGCAGCCAUCCCCUCUACCUCUCUUCUACCAUUCUCCCCAACGAACUUCCCUGUGCCACAACCCCAACCCAUACUAUUUCUCUUCUUACUACACCCCUUCCCACCCAUCCUAGCUACCCGACCAUCUCCCAACUAGAACAGUACAUGCAAGACUUCCUCUUCUCCACCUAUCCUGGCAUUCUGGAAAUCCAACAAUCACCCACUCUCCCCACCACUACCACUACCACCACCAACUCAUCCCAUACCCCCACUCUCUCCACUACUACUCAUCCCACCCCACAGAACACUACUAUAUAUCGCCUCUGGAUACAUUUCUCAGAAAUCCAACAAGCCACCCAAUUCUAUCACGCCAUCACCGGUCAAACUCUUACUUUCCCCACUGACACUACCCCUAGCCCAGUUACACACUCCAAUAUUUCCACUACCAAAUCCACCACUAAGCAUAAGCCCAAAUCCAGCCACCAACAUAAAUCCAAACCCCACCCCCAAUCCAAUAUUAACACUACAUUUAUUCAAUCUAACACACAUCCAUCCCCACCACAGCCCAAUCCGUCCAUUACUGUCCUCUUAACCCACUAUUACCCUGACUUUUUAUACCACCGCCAUCUCUACUUCUAA